GCGUCUGCAAAAUCCUCGUAAGCUUCUGUGCCGCUUGUAGAGCCAACAGCAUUUCACAUGGGUCGGAUAAGCGGCAUGCUCACUUCCAACGCCGAAGAUACCCUCGUUCUCCAAAUCUUCUGAUAUUCAUUAUUUGCUCUCAUCACAUCACCAAAUCCUUCCAAAUUCUUGUCAAAAGCCUAUAAAAGACCGACUGACUCCCAGGGCCUCAAGUUUAAACCAUACCAAUGACUCCGGCACAUCAACUCGAACCUCAUUUCCUAGAUCAAAUCGUACAAGCAUCAGCUGGAUACAUUCUCCCCAGUGUCCUUCUCGCAGCGAAUCUCGUUGCCUAUCUCAGUCAAGAUGAAACCCGCCCUUAUGAACUUCUUCGUCUUAAUGUCCUUACCUUUGUCUAUCUACUCUAUGCCUACCACAGAGGAGACAGAGGCCAUUAACGAGACCCAGGCUCUUAACAUUGAGGAUGCUGUCAAGCUGCCGGACUCUCUGGCUCUGUACCACCUUGAGGACUUUGAGUCUGAAGACUCUGCCCUCGAGAAGCGCAGGCACGUUACAGUUUGCGAAAGAAUCAUUACCAUCACCUCUCACUGCGUUAUCAUCGGGGGUGCUAUCAAGGACGGGAUUCUCCAGAUCAGCGCUGCUAUCAAGCACGCAUCAAACCAAAAGACCUGUACUACUUUUACUGGACAUGCUGGCCCCAACGGCAACCUUUUCUACCGCUAUCGCUCUACCGGCAGACACUGUGACACGACUGCUGAGCAGGAAACUAUUGCAGGUGCAAUCGAACACCACAUCAAAAACCAUGGGCACAAGCUCUGCGGUACUCAGUGUUUGGAACUAACUCAUGGUGGAACUUGGCACGGAUAUCUCCUCAUUGGACCGGCGAGUAACUUUGACCAUAAGGGUUACUGUGGACCGAAAGUCAGCUUCGAGCAUUGCGACUCGGGUGGCAGGGGUGAUAUGAAUUACGCCGGCCCAGAUUAGGGGUCAACAUGCUGAAGUACCCGGGAUAAAGCGUCUACCUGAAUGUCCUUUUCAAGAUCUGUUUGGUUUGAAAGUACAGGGACUUUGAUCAAUACAGGGCAAAUAGGCUAAAUACUUUCGUUCACAUCUGCGAUAUAUGGAUAGCAGAGUCAAUUUUACAUCAGAAGCUCCACGCAGAGCAUUGCUAACUACUUGUGCACCUGCCAUGCACCAAAUCGCCAUAUCAUUCGCGAUAUCUUUGAGGUUCAGUCAAUAGCAAUCCCUUAUAUAACUAUCCGCUUGUUGUAUGAGCCACAUGCUUCGAUCAACACUCGGUGAAUCUCCACCAAAUGAUACCUCACGCCAGUUUCGGAACAGCUUCUCGAGAUGACUUCC